AUGAGGCUAUCUCAUCGAUUAGUCUGCGGCUCUGGCCUGCGGACCGGAAAUGUGGCUUCCAUCUAUUCUCUGCAGGGUGUCGCUGCAAGCAGACUAGGACAGAGGACCUACAGCAGCAAGUCGACACUGCCUGGGCUUGAUCCGUCGAAGUUGACUAUUGCGAAGACGACGACACCAAAGGAGCCGCUACCUCCGCAGGAGCUUGUGUUUGGAAAAACGUUCACCGAUCAUAUGCUCUCUAUCGAAUGGACUGCUUCCGAUGGAUGGCUGGCUCCGAGAAUCACCCCUUACCAGAACCUGAGCCUCGAUCCCGCGACUUGCGUGUUCCACUACGCCUUCGAAUGUUUCGAGGGUAUGAAAGCAUACAAGGACAAGAAUGGUAAAAUUCGACUAUUCCGACCUGACAAGAACAUGGCGCGUCUGAACAAGUCAUCUGCACGAAUUGCCCUGCCAACGUUUGAGGGCGAUGCUCUCAUCAAGCUGAUCGGAGAAUUCGCCAAGCUGGAGAGCAAAUUCAUUCCAGACUCCCGAGGCUACUCGCUAUAUCUCAGACCGACCAUGAUUGGUACCCAGAGAACUCUGGGUGUCGGUCCUCCUGGCUCUGCUCUUCUUUUCGUUAUCGCCAGUCCCGUGGGCCCUUACUACCCUACAGGAUUUAAGGCUGUGUCGCUAGAAGCUACGGACUAUGCCGUGCGUGCCUGGCCAGGCGGUGUUGGUGACAAGAAGCUGGGUGCCAACUACGCGCCCUGCAUUGUGCCCCAGCUCGAGGCCGCGUCGAGAGGAUUCCAGCAGAACCUGUGGCUGUUUGGCGAGGAGGAAUACGUGACAGAGGUCGGCACGAUGAACCUCUUCAUCGCCUUGAGGAACAAGGAGACUGGCCAGAAGGAGCUGGUCACUGCGCCCCUGGAUGGCACCAUUCUGGAGGGUGUCACUAGAGACUCUGUUCUCCAGCUCGCGCGUGAGAGAUUGCUUCCUGAAGGAUGGGCGGUAUCGGAACGGAAAAUCCGGAUGUCGGAAGUCGCGGAGGCCGCGGAGACUGGACGCCUGAUUGAGGUCUUUGGAGCCGGAACGGCUGCUAUUGUGAGCCCUGUCCGCAAGAUCAGCUACAAGGGCAAGCUGGUGGACUGUGGUUUGAAGGAGAACGAAGAAGCCGGCGAGAUCGCUCUUCGGAUGAAGAACUGGAUCGAGAGUAUCCAGUAUGGUGAUGAAGAGCACAAGUGGAGGUGA